GAUUCUUUAUCUUAGUUGUAUACUUGGAUUUAAAUAUAUUUGUUUUCAAAUUUUAUUCGUUUCCAAUAUGUUUUAAAGUAAUACUAGUGUUUCCAUUUGAAAUUUCUUUUCGGAUAGUCUUCUUGUCAAAUACUACAAAUUUAAUAAACUACUAUUGUAUACACAAUUUAAGAGAGGGCUACCAACUUUGUGGGCGUUAAACAUGCCCUUUUAUUUGUUAGUUGACUUUAUAUAUUGACACCCUAAGCACAUCUUGGUUUGCACAUACAUAAAUUACUCGUUAAUAUUUAAUAAUACCUCCGUGCGUGGCUAUCCUUUCUUUAUUGGUUGGUAAAGCCACCGUUAACUUGUUAGCCUUUCCAAAAAAAGGUUACAUCGAAUCUUGAUAAGUGCGUCAAUCUCAAACGGUACAGAACAAUGAUCACAUAGUUGAGUAUGUUUAUGCUUUAUGCUUAAUAGUUUCAUCAACCAAAAAGUAAGUUUGUUGCAAAUUCUGUUUGGAGUUUGGUUACUUUAUACUUGUGUAUGAUCGUAAGCCUUUGUUCUAUUCAUAAUCUUUUAAAGAAUGUUGUUGGCAAUAAUAAAUCCACCAUUUACUUGAAGAUUACAGUGAGACACUAUUUAACCAAUUAUAUUUUACAAUCUAUUUUCAUGAAUGGUUGAAAAAUUUUGGUUUCUCUUUCUUACAAGCUACUAAAGGAUUUCCAUUUUCUAUAAGAUAAAAAUGUUGCGGUUGGAAUGCAACUGAACUUGAUCACAUAUCUUGUUGAUGCAAGAAACAAAACUUAUAAAACCAUGGUGAAUUACUCAUUAUUAGUACCAUUUUCAAAGCCUUAAAUUUGUCAUCGGUUGCAGAACAAAAGGUAUUAGGAACUGCUUGAUGGAAAAAGAGAAUUCCGAGGUCCAUGUAGUGAAAGGUGCACUUGAGGAUGUAAAGACGGUCGAUGUUUCUGUUAAGGAUGUGAAGGGAGAAAUGACCAAGGAAGAUAAAGUAAUUACGAAAGAAGAGGAGGAUACUACAUCUGAUGGUGGAUUCAUAAAGGUUGAGAAAGAAGGGAUUGACACUAAGGAUGGUGAGAAAGCAGAGAAGCAAGUUCCUAUUGAAAGAAGCUCAAGCACUCCACAGAGAGAACUAUAUGAACUGCAAGAAAAGGUGAAAGCACUGGAGCUGGAACUGAGCCAGGAACUUGAGAAGAACAAAGCUGCUGGAUUAAGGGAAAGCGAGGCGAUGGAGAAGCUGAAAUCAGCUGAAGAGAGACUUGAGAAGCAAGCAAGAGAAACAGAUGAAGCUAACAGAAGAAGCAAAGAGAUAAAAUAUUUGCAUAAACACUCAGAUCUUAGCAUUCAGAAGGCAAUGAAGGAACUCAAUAUCAUAGAUACGGAGGCCAAGUCAUUGACCGAGAAAUCGAAACAUUUGGAGAAGAGAAUAAGAUUAUAUGAAGACAAGUUGGCUGAAGCAUCUGAAGAUCUUUAUCAGUCAUCCUUGGAGAAUGAGUUACUAUCAGACACAAACAAUCAACUCAAGAUCAAGAUUCAAGAACUUGAAGGCUUUCUGGUUGCUGAGAAGGAAAGGUUUAAUCAGAGAGACAUAGAAGCUAAAGACUUGGCUACAAAGUUACAAUCCCAUGAAAACCUAAUUGAGGAACAUAUUAAGAAAGUCCUAGAAGUAUCUGAAGUUGCUGAUACUAGAAAAAUAGAGCUUGAAAAGGCUCUACAGAAACUCAAGACUUUUGAAGAUACAAUCAAAGAGCUUGAGAAAGAAAAUGGAUCUUUAGCCGAAGUGAAUCUAAAGCUGAACCAGGAGCUAGCCGAUCAUGGGUCAGAGACCAGUGGCUUUCAGGCAAUGUUCGCUGCUUUAGAAGCUGAGAAGAACCAAACAGCAAAAGAGCUACAGGCUUCAAAGGGGGCCAUAGAAAAAUUAACAAACAAGCUUACUUCUGAAACAGAAAGAUUAAGAUCACAGGUUAAAUCCCUUGCAGAAGAGAAUAGCCAAGUCAAUGAGAUACAUCACAGCACAAAGAAUGAGCUCAUAAAUAUUCAAGAACACCUCGGAGUAGAGAAGUCUAAACUGGAUGCUAUGGCAUCCGAAAUCAAGAAGCUCACUUCUGUGGCUUCUGAAAAGUCGGUGUUGGAGUCCAAGUUUGAUGAAGUUGAAAAACAAUUGAAAAACGCUGAAGCUCAGUUGAAAGAAGAGGUCGAAAAAGUUGCAGAACUGACCUCAAAAUUGCAUGAGCAUGAAGCUAAAGCAAGUGAACAGGUUUCGGUGGACGAGGAAGCAAUGAAGCUUCAUAAAUCAAACUUGCAGGAAACUGAGACUAUAGGAAAAGGAGAAGUAGAAGUUAAGCCUCGAGAUAUUGAUUUCUCUUUUCCAACUCCAAAGCAACGUAAGAGUAAGGAGGAGUCAGAUCAUGCUUCUUCUGCUUCACAUUCGUCUUCUUCUUCAGGAAACGUUACAACAACUCAGAAAGCUGAAACAUCUCAUUUCAUGACAUUGAAGAUUGUCCUCGGAGUGGCUCUUGUGUCUGUCAUUAUAGGUGUCAUUCUUGGUAAAAAGUAUUGAAAAUUCUUAAUGGUGUGUCAUUGCUUUUUCUUUUUAUGUAUGAAAGAUUUCUUCUGGUUUGGGUUGA